UCCAAAUAUGAAUAGAGAGCGGCGGGCUGCGGAGGUUGGCACUGGCGCCGGGAUGGCGAAGUGAAAGCAGCUCGCGGCGCGCGUCCCAGUCUGUCCCUCCGCGUUGGCGAACGCCUGAGAGGCUGCCGGGUGCACCUGCGGGUCCCCCGGGGGGCGCUGCCGCGGCAACCACCGCCGCCGCCCAGACUGCGGGAGCCGCGCCCUGGGCAGCCCGGAGUGGGGGAGCGGAGAUGAGCCGCGACUCGGACCACCAGCGCCCCGCGGACGCCGACGGAGAUAAUGAUCAACAAGACAUGGUUCCAAAUAAGAAGAAUGCUGUUCUUGUGGAUGGGAUUGUACUGAAUGGCCCUACAACAGACGCAAAAGCAGGAGAAAAAUUUGUUGAAGAGGCCUGUCGGCUAAUAAUGGAAGAGGUGGUUUUGAAGGCUACAGAUGUCAGUGAGAAGGUGUGUGAAUGGCGGCCUCCUGAGCAGCUGAAAGAACUUCUUGAUUUGGAGAUGAGAGACACAGGCGAGUCUCCCCACAGGCUGCUGGGACUCUGCCAGGAUGUGAUACGCUACAGUGUCAAAACUAACCACCCAAGAUUUUUCAACCAGUUGUACGCUGGACUUGAUUAUUACUCCUUGGUGGCCCGAUUUAUGACAGAAGCAUUGAACCCAAGCGUUUAUACGUAUGAGGUGUCCCCAGUGUUUCUGUUAGUGGAAGAAGCGGUUCUGAAGAAAAUGAUUGAAUUUAUUGGCUGGAAAGAAGGGGAUGGAAUAUUUAACCCAGGUGGUUCAGUGUCUAAUAUGUAUGCAAUGAAUUUAGCUAGAUACAAAUAUUGUCCUGAUAUUAAGGAAAAGGGACUGUCUGGGUUGCCAAGAUUGAUGCUUUUCACAUCUGCAGAGUGUCAUUACUCCAUGAAGAAGGCAGCCUCCUUUCUUGGGAUUGGCACUGAGAACGUUUGCUUUGUGGAAACAGAUGGAAGAGGUAAAAUGAUACCUGAGGAACUGGAGAAGCAAGUCUGGCAAGCCAGAAAAGAGGGGGCAGCACCAUUUCUUGUCUGUGCCACCUCUGGUACAACUGUGUUGGGAGCCUUCGAUCCUCUGGAUGAAAUAGCUGACAUCUGUGAGAGGCAUGGCCUCUGGCUUCAUGUGGAUGCCUCUUGGGGUGGCUCAGCUCUAAUGUCAAGGAAGCACCGCAAGCUUCUGCAUGGCAUCCACAGGGCCAACUCUGUGGCCUGGAACCCACACAAGAUGCUAAUGGCUGGAAUCCAGUGCUGUGCUCUUCUGGUGAAAGACAAAUCUGGCCUUCUUACUAAAUGCUACUCUGCCAAGGCAUCAUACCUCUUCCAGCAGGAUAAAUUCUAUGAUGUCAGCUACGAUACUGGGGACAAGUCGAUUCAGUGCAGCAGGAGGCCAGAUGCAUUCAAGUUCUGGAUGACCUGGAAGGCCCUGGGUACUCUAGGCCUUGAAGAAAGAGUUAAUCGUGCUCUUGCCUUGUCUAGGUACCUAGUAGACGAAAUCAAGAAAAGAGAAGGAUUCAAGUUACUAAUGGAACCUGAAUAUGCCAAUAUUUGCUUUUGGUACAUUCCACCAAGCCUCAGAGCGAUGGAAGAAGGACCUGAGUUCUGGGAAAAACUUAAUUUGUGUCCCCAACUUGGAAAGGGCCACUCCCUCCCCAUGGACUUGGCAUGGAGGAAGAAUUCCCUCAGCAUCUUGAGGGCUAUUUUCCAGGUGGCCCCAGCCAUUAAGGAGAGGAUGAUGAAGAAGGGUAGCCUGAUGCUGGGCUACCAGCCCCACCGCGGGAAGGUCAACUUCUUCCGCCAGGUGGUGAUCAGCCCUCAAGUGAGCCGGGAGGACAUGGACUUCCUCCUGGAUGAGAUAGACUUACUGGGUAGAGACAUGUAGCUGUGGCUUUUGGUUCCCCAGAAACACAGAUCCUGUCCUGGGGAGAGUCAUAGAUCUAAGGACAUCUGGAGAUACAUAAUAGAUUGCAGGCUUUCUGUUGAGAAAUAGGAAAUACUCCCAGUCCAGGCCCAGCAAAGCCAAAAAGCUAAACAAGUAGUAUUAAGUACUCUUUAGCUGUCUGGUCACUGUUAUUGCUACAGAGGAGGAGGCAAAAAAAAGAAAAAAAAAAAAAAGAAAGAAAAUUGAUUUUCUUGAGGACUGUCACUGGAACACGACCUUGAAGAGAGUUUAGUAAAUACCAUGUGAGUUCUGGAUUCUAAGGUUAUAUUGCUCUUUAAAUACAAAACCUAUCAGAUUAAAGCAGUGGUUCUCAAAGUAUGGCCCCCAAACUAGCAGUAUCAGCAUCAGCUGGGAACUUAUUUAAAAUGCCGAUUCUCAGGUCCCACUCCAGACCAACUGAAUCAGAAACUGGAGCACAGUAUUCUGUGUUUUAGCGAACUCUCUCAGUGAUUCUGAUGCGGGAUAAAAACUGACAAGCACUGGUUGUAAUGACUGAGCACUCACUUUGAAGUUUUCCCAGGAGUGGAAAUAUCUAAUAUUUCAGUAGCCCCUGAGCCAGUCUUUGAAAAAUGUAACUAUGGCGUCUGUUGCACAAAUAUUUAAGGGCAUCAGAAACAGAUCAAAGCUAUUUUUAAAAAGAGAAGCUAUAUAAAAUGUUUACUUUAUAAAGAUGUAUAUUUUAUGCAGGGUGAAUAUUUAUAUCAAAGUUAAAAUUAACCAUUAUCUAUCUAUUGUAAUUUAUACAGAGAUUAAGAUAAAAGGCAAACACUUUGUAGUGUGUCCUUUUCAAUCAAUUAGUAAUAGUCCUCUUUCACUUCCUAAGGUUAUUUGUGUCAUUAGUUAAGAGCGAACAUGUAUGUGUGUAUGUUUGUGUCUGUGUAUCUACAUACACAUGCAUAUAUGUUUUUGUGUUCCUCUUUUUGCUUGAGGGCCCAUUUCUCAUCUUGUUUUCUGCCUCAUAGGGAAUAUCUAAAAUGAAGUCCUGGGUUGUGCAACAUUCCCUUUCCCAAGCUUUGAAAUGUCAGUGCUUUAUAUUAGGCAGAGAAUCUGGGAAUCAGAGACUUUUCAGAGGAAGCAUUUCCUCCAUUUCUCCUUGGAGUGGAUGAUUAUAAUUCUACCUCUGAUUCUGGUCCUACAUUUCUAAGAGAGUUAUAUUUGACUAAGAAAUUGGCAGAAUUCAGAGGUGUGGGUAUAGAGUUCCACAAGAUAAGAUUACAAAUGUAAUUAAAGCUCUGCUUUAAAAGGUGACUGAGUGAAGAAUGUUCAAGUAUUAGCAUAUUCACUAGCCUUUUUGUACUCCAUUGUUAACUCAUGUAAUUUAAAUAUUGAAGAGUAAAAAGUAGAUGUAUGCUAUUUGCUUUUAUUGCAUAUUUUCACUUUAGUUGCUUGGUUUCUCAUUAUCUUCAAUUGGUCAAAGAAUAUCUAAAUCUUUUUCUGAAUUUCUUCUAAUUCUCUGGUGAUAGCUAUUUGUGGCUAUGUGUGUGUAUUUUGCAUUGUUGCCUUUUUGUUUUAAUAUGUACAUAAAAUAUUACUAAAAUUGAUGUUUUCAAUAAUUUGGGUUUCAUGAAAUAAAAAGUAACAUUAGUAAUA